GCUGCAGAGUGCUCUAAGUUCAGAAGCCAGCUUGCAAAGUAUGGGAGAAUAGCAGCCUAAAGCUUUGGAGAUGCUGAGGCUCCUCUUUCGCAGCAAGCCAAGGAUCCAGGAGGCAAAAUCAGACAUCACUUGGAUAGAGAAAGACCUUGUGGACUCGGCAGACAAGGGCGAAGGUGUCGUGAAAGAAAUCAACAUCACGCACCAUGUGAAGGAAGGCUCCGAGAAAGCCGAUCCUUCGCAGUUUGAGCUUCUGAAGGUGCUGGGACAGGGCUCUUUUGGCAAGGUUUUCUUGGUGAGAAAAAUAACACCGCCAGACAGCAACCACCUCUAUGCCAUGAAGGUGCUCAAGAAGGCGACAUUGAAAGUGCGUGAUCGAGUAAGGACAAAGAUAGAAAGGGACAUCCUGGCUGAUGUGAACCAUCCCUUUGUGGUGAAACUCCACUACGCAUUCCAGACAGAGGGGAAGCUGUAUCUCAUCUUGGAUUUCCUCAGAGGAGGUGACCUUUUCACUCGGCUUUCCAAAGAGGUCAUGUUCACCGAGGAGGACGUGAAGUUCUACCUAGCAGAGCUGGCUCUGGGGCUCGACCAUUUGCACAGCCUGGGAAUCAUAUACAGGGAUCUCAAACCAGAGAACAUCCUCUUGGAUGAAGAAGGGCACAUCAAACUCACAGAUUUUGGCUUGAGUAAGGAGGCUAUAGACCAUGAGAAGAAAGCCUAUUCCUUCUGUGGAACAGUGGAAUAUAUGGCACCAGAAGUUGUGAAUCGCCAAGGCCACUCGCACAGUGCUGACUGGUGGUCCUACGGGGUCUUAAUGUUUGAAAUGCUCACCGGCUCGCUACCCUUCCAGGGAAAGGAUCGUAAGGAGACCAUGACCCUCAUCCUCAAAGCAAAGCUGGGCAUGCCACAGUUCCUGAGCUCUGAAGCACAGAGCCUCCUGCGAGCCCUUUUCAAAAGGAAUCCAGCCAACCGAUUAGGUUCUGGACCAGAUGGGGCGGAAGAGAUCAAGCGCCAUCCUUUCUAUUCUACCAUUGACUGGAAUAAGCUGUACCGCAGGGAAAUCAAACCGCCCUUCAAGCCUGCAGUAGGCCAGCCAGAUGACACCUUUUAUUUUGACACAGAAUUUACAUCACGUACACCGAAAGAUUCCCCAGGCAUCCCCCCUAGUGCAGGGGCCCAUCAGCUCUUCCGAGGUUUCAGUUUUGUGGCAACCGGAUUGAUGGAGGAUGGCAAGGUGAAACCUGCCCAGUCGCCUCUACAUUCAGUGGUACAGCAGCUGCACGGCAAGAAUGUCCAGUUCAACGAUGGCUACGUGGUGAAGGAGGCAAUCGGAGUCGGCUCCUACUCAGUGUGUAAACGCUGCAUUCAUAAAGCAACCAACAUGGAAUACGCAGUCAAGGUUAUUGACAAGAGCAAGCGAGACCCUUCUGAGGAAAUAGAAAUCCUCCUGCGAUAUGGGCAGCAUCCAAACAUCAUCACCUUGAAAGAUGUAUAUGAUGAUGGGAAGUAUGUGUAUCUGGUGACUGAGCUGAUGAGGGGAGGGGAGCUGCUGGAUAAAAUCCUCAGACAGAAAUUUUUCUCGGAGAGGGAAGCCAGUUCGGUCCUGCACACGAUCUGUAAAACGGUGGAGUAUCUGCAUUCCCAAGGGGUGGUUCACAGGGACUUGAAACCCAGCAAUAUUCUCUAUGUGGAUGAGUCAGGAAACCCCGAAAGCAUUCGCAUUUGUGACUUUGGCUUUGCCAAGCAGCUGAGGGCUGAGAAUGGCCUUCUCAUGACUCCUUGUUAUACAGCAAACUUUGUGGCACCCGAGGUACUAAAACGCCAAGGCUAUGACGAGGGCUGUGACAUCUGGAGCCUGGGAGUUCUCCUGUAUACGAUGCUCGCAGGCUGCACUCCGUUUGCAAAUGGUCCCAGUGACACUCCAGAAGAGAUCCUGACCCGGAUAGGCGGGGGCAAGUUCUCUGUCAGUGGAGGCAACUGGGACACUAUUUCUGACAUGGCCAAGGAUCUGGUAUCAAAGAUGCUUCAUGUAGAUCCUCACCAGCGUCUAACAGCCAAGCAGGUCCUGCAGCAUCCCUGGAUAACCCAGAAGGACAGCUUACCCCAGAGUCAGCUGAAUCACCAGGACGUUCAGCUUGUAAAGGGGGCCAUGGCUGCCACGUACUCGGCACUGAACAGCUCCAAGCCAAGCCCCCAGCUGAAGCCCAUCGAAUCCUCCAUUCUGGCACAGAGGCGGGUGAAGAAACUUCCUUCCACCACACUGUGAAGCUGGGAUGGUCCGCAGCCGCACGGUGUGGUGCAGGCACACCAGACUUUGCACACCUACCGAAAACGGGGGGCAGGAGAUUGGGCGGUCAAUGCCUGCACAGGAGCUCCCUUGAGGACUUGUUCUCAAAAGGCCAAAUGCCUUCCUGUUUCUGAAAGAUGGGCUCCUCCUUGUAUGGACUGAUCUUUGCUGAGAGAACUUCACUGUAAAAUUUUUUUGAAGUGUAAAUUGUCAAUUUUUAAAGACAUCCAUCUGUGUAUAUGAGAACUAGAAUGUAUAACUGAUGUCAAGUGGCACUAAAAAGCAGCUCUGAUUCACCCUUUCCUGUGUAGGGCCAGGUAUUUGUUGUAGCUACAUCAUUUCUUGGAAUUGAUCCUCUCCAACGCCAUUGCAGCUGGAAGGCUGCGUAAUGUUUGAGGCUUAGGCUUUGGGGUUCUUCCUCCCCUGAACCUUUGGAUGCCCUUCCCAAAGUCAACCUUGCAGACUCCUAACCAGCAGCACUCAUGUUUGUAAAGGACUUCCCUCCCCUUCACUUCACUUUUUGUGCAUCUGUGUUCAGUGUAAGGUCAAUUUUUUACACUCCGUUUCUUCCUCUAUCCUGCGCUCCCCCAGCCCAGACAGCAGUUCUCCGAGCAAAAUAAACUACGGGUUUUGCAAACACCCCCUUAGAUGCUCAGCUGUCCAGAAUACCUGCUAGGUUGGGCUCAUUCCUCCCCUCUGCCCUCCCAUCUUCACAUUCUCCCCAUCACUCCCGGGGGAGUUUGUCACCCGCGCAGGUGGGGAUGACAAAGGAACCUUCUCCUCGGCAAAGCUGAGGCUUUGGGCUGGCUCUGGCUGCUGCUUUUAACGUUUUUGUUUUUCCUUUCCUUCAGCAGGAACCUAUGAAACAAA